AGGACACCACCUCCACCACCACUAGUGCUGCUGCUGUGUUGGACUUAACACGCUCAUGCAUCAAAACACUGGCUGUGCAGUGGUGAAACCGCCCUGCUACUACUACUAAACCUCAGCACAGCCUCGUCUGCUGUGCGAGGACACGGGCACAUUUUUAAUCAUAAACCUGACCUCGCAAAUCCGUUUGUAGUUCCGUAAUGUGGGGCGGUCGUGCCACACAUACCACUAAUCCCUGGAUCCUCACAGAAGGACCAUGAUUUCUGGGACGGUGGCGCCUGGGACCUGUUGGAAAUGACAGCUACAGAAGGCGGACUGAAGCACAGGGAUCACAACAACAGUAAACGUAGAAGAUAGCGAAGAAACACUUCACUGUUUAAAGGGGUUGUAGCGAUGGAGUCCCUGAUGAGUGCGGUGGCCCCGCGCUCCCCAGCCCCCGCCAAGAAGCCGUCAGAGGUGGACUUCAGGUCGGGGGCCACCCUGGAUCAGCUGUCGGCCCAGGUGUCUGAGCUGGUACUACUGGAACAGGGAGAGUUUGGAGACCAGACCGCCUUAGAGGUCCACACUGCCAAGGACUUUAUCUUCAACAUGCUGGGCCUAGUACAGAAGGUAGACCAGCGCCUCCCGGUGGCCAACGAGUACCUGCUCCUUUCAGGCGGGGCCCGGGAAGGUGUCUUGGACCUCAACCCCGAGGACCUGGGGGACUACGCCAAAGGGGCUGACUUUGACCUGGACUUCACCCUGCUGGUGCCCGCCCUCAAGCUCCAUGACCGCAACCAGCCCGUCACCCUGGAUAUGAGGCACUCCCCACCCUGCCACUCGUGGCUCAGCCUUCGCCUCUGCGACUCCAACAUCCUGUCCCGCUGGGGCAUCUGCUGCCAGGAGGAAAACGGACUUUCCCCCGAGGAAGACGAGGAGGAAGAGGGAGAAAUGGGGAAAGGCUCCAUCCCCUCCCUGGGCUCCCCUCAGUCUCUGGAUGGAUGCUACUUCUCUCCCUCCCUGGUGACAGACUGGUUCUGGGCGGUGGUGAGCGAGGCUGUGGAGGAGCUGAGGCGCAGUCCCCAGAGAGGCAUUCCCACCCCAGACCGACUAGAGAGGAACGGACCCCUCACCACUAUCAUCCUCCAGGCGGGCUCCAGUCGGGUGCUGUACGACUUGCUGCCUGUGGUGUCGUUUCGGGGCUGGCCUGCUGUGGCCCAAGGCUGGCUGACCGCCAACCACUUCUGGGACGGGAAAAUCACAGAGGAGGAGGCCAUAUCUGGCUUCUAUCUGCUGCCCUGCUGCUCCCCGCUGGGUGGUCGGCCCGACAGGGAGUGGAGGCUGGCAUUCUCACGCAGCGAGGUUCAGUUGAAGAAGUGCAUCCCCUACCCCAUGGCCCAGGCUUUCCAAGCAGCCAAAGCCGUGUUGUCUCGUAUCCUGGCCCGACCGCGUGCGGGUCUCAGCCUCUAUCACCUGCGCACUCUUCUGUUCUGGGCCUGUGACCGACUUCCUGCCGCCUACCUGUCCUGCCCUGACGCAGACACCCCCGGCCGCCUCCUCCUGGGUCUCCUCGAUGACCUGGCUCAUUGCAUCCUAGGCAAAAACUGCCCAAACUACUUCCUGCCCCAGUGCAACAUGUUGGAGCACCUGACAGACAGCCAGGCGCUGCUCGUCGCCAGAAAACUCGCCCACGUGCGCUCGGAUCCCAGCGAGCACCUCCGGGCGGCUCUGGACCAAGCGCAGCAGGCGGGCCAGCUGAAGAAGGAGCUCACGGCUAGCGCCACCAACGGCCACGGCUCCCCCGGGCACCACCCGGCCAACGGCAUCAUCUCGCCUUCGGAGGACAAGCUGGCGCAGCGACUGCAGCAGCUGGUCACUGAGAACCCUGGGAAAUCCAUAUCCGUCUUCCUCAACCCAGACGACGUCACCAGGCCACACUUCCGCAUCGAUGAUAAGUUCUACUGAUGAAGACGCGCUGCAGAGGGGACGUGUGGAGAUGUGUGUGUCGAGCUCACAAACACACGCUGAAAAUGCUCUGAGACGUCACAUCUGAGCGUACGGAGACUGAGAAUCAGGCAGGUGUUUUUUUUUCUUUCUUCUGAACACUGCAGGCCUGGAAGCGAACACACUCCUCCUGUUCACCAUCCUGAGGCUGAACAAUGCAACAAAGCCUUGCUGCUCGACUGACUCUUUAAACCAAAAACACUUAAUGUCCUACUACUGACAAAUGGCGUCCAAUUCGGCGGACGUCGCACAACAGACCUGAUGUCACCCAGCUGUUGCCACGGAGACGGCCCUCUCCUAACGAGCUGGCCUUAACGAGACUUCUCAGCUGGUGCUACAAAGACAAGGGCCGGCUUUAGUCAUGUGAAAUAAGUCCAGUGGAGAUCAACACAGAGCGUGUGUGUAUGUGUGUGUGUAUAUGUACGCCUAAGGGUUUUCACAUAUUACUUACACUUCUAACAGACAAAAGGAGAAACGCUUCUCGAUUGCUGCAUUUCUCCCCUUUUUAUUUUAGAUCAGAGUGGGCGAUGGCUGAAUCAGAAAGGAAAAACAAGGUGUGGCUGAUGUAACUGAAUGUAAUGUUGUGAGGAGAACUGCCGAGUCUUUGAACAAAGAGUCUCUUUUCUCUGUCAACUACGUUUUUAGCCCUCGUUUUUUUUUUUCUCUCCACGCCUAGAUUUAUGGCAUGUUUUUUUAUUUAAAAAAAAAAAAAAAUCUUUCUCAGGUAUUCAUAAUACUUAUCCUUUUUUAUGUACAUGAUUCCCUUUUAAGGUCUUUAACGAUUUUUCAGUGCCGCUUACAUUUCAUUAAUACCGGUGAUGGAAUGUACCAAAGAACUGCGUUUGCGCAGUUUUGAGGAAAGAGAAUGUCUUACAUAUCCCUAAACUUCUAAUCUGAUGAAUCUGCUGAGUCAUGGUCAGAGUGUUAAGUUUUGUCCUCCUGAUGGCCCGGUCACACCGGCGGUUAAAACGGCAACACUUUGCAGCAAAAUCAAUUAAUUCCAAUGGAAUCGUCACAGUAAGUAGAUUUGCGCGUGAGAGUAAACGGCGACAUUUGAGAGAACAGAUAAGUUGGCUAGUAUAAACUGCUCCACAGAAGAUGGUUUGCAGACAGUUACAGUUAUGACAGUCGAUGGUACAUACAGACGUGGAUUUGAUGCCCCCGUUAGCGGCCCAGCUAAUGAGUUUGCUUACUGACAGCUUGUUUUUUCCUCCGAUGUCAGUAGAACUUAAUUUAAUGAAAUGACGGAUAAACCUGAAAAUACAAUGCCAGGGGGAGAGAACAGCCUAGCACAGAGAACACUGAGAGAAGCUUGGCGACCCAUUGUGACCGACUAGCCCUAGCAUGUCCUGGUUGGCUAGCGAGCCUUUUAACGAACAACAAAAUGAAUCAAUAAUGAUAAAAAAGCGCAAAUGGCAGCCGUAAUCACUGAGUCACCAAGCUUAAUGAAAAACAUUUUUGCAUACAGACGCAGGUUCAGUUCAGUUGUGGUGUGACCGGGCCUUGGAUAAGUUAAGACUGAAAAGGAUGGGGAUGUUAAAUGAACUAAAGUGGUUCAUUAUAAUGUAAUACGAUGGUUUUGUUAGCGUACAGAGAUGUAAGAGUGCAACUGGUUCAAGUUUUGAGUUUAGUUUUCCUACCUGAGCAGACAUUUUGGUCCCUCGUGUUUGGAUUGUUAAGAUAGGCCCUUUAUAAGGGAUUUAGAAAAAAUAUAACCAUGUGUAUGUAGAUAUGAGGAAUCCAAUUAGAAGGAGUGUAUUGAUCAAAUAAUGAUUGGCUGUUCUGCCAUAGUCACAACUAAGUGAAGGUACUUAACUGGGGGCCCAGCACAUCCUGUUGCAUCAUGUAAGCGAGUCUAUUAACUUUCCGAUGAAGAAACUUCGAGCUGUGUGCGUCUCUCAUUCGGUUUUAUUUGGAGACUGGUUCUGACUCGACUGAUUCUGAUAAUUGUCCCUGUCUCCUCUGCUUGGUUGGUCAUUUUUAAUGAGCUUUGUGCGCGAGGAUAUCUGUGUGUGUUCACCGAGAGACCAACCACGCAGCAGGAUGCAGGCAGACACCCAGAUGCUGCCCACUCAAUUAUACCCUCAGUGGGUGUGUGUUAGUCGCUGGGCCCUAUCGUUUCUCACCAGCCGGGGAGUCAUCCGUCGGGUGGGGAUGGAGGGAUCGAUAGAGGAGGGGUGCAGGGUGGGGAGACGGGCCCUCCUCCGGUCCUGUUUUGAAGGGGGAAGAUGGGGCCUUGCAGGGCCUGGACAGCUGUCUCUCUCUCUGGAACUCACGCUGUCUUUCGUUUUCUCUCACUCUUGCGGCUCCAGUGUUCCUUUUCUCCCUUCUUCCUCCCUCCUCCCAUCUCGAUUUCCACACAUAGGGUGGUCAUAUUUCUUUCUUUUAGGACUCUAGAGCAACACAGAGCUCCUAAAACGUGGUACUUAUCCAACCUUACGUUCACACUGAAUGGAUUAGGUAUACCCAGGCACGCUUUGAUGCUCUCCCUUCCACUUGCAUUAGUUUUCGUGGGUCUUAAUUAUUUUGACCUUUUAAUGAAUCUGAGACUAAACGCUAUCUGCAAACACACUGAUGGGUAAGCUCUGAUUCGACGGGGCUUUUACCGAGCACUGAAAUGCUGCUUCCGACGUUAUAGUGCAUAGGCGGGGUACAACGCUACAAGCACACAGUUAGUCACAGUUAAGUUUACGUAAAUAUCAAGGUGACGGCGGUUCAUCUUUGUGAGUUUUAGGCUGCUGGUGGAUUGUUUCUCCUUCAGAAGGCGUACGAACAUCUGUGAGCCUCGCGUUACGAUAUCCGCCCUCUACGAACGCCAUGUGCUUAAUACUGAACGAAUGUUUUACAGCGUCUGUUUGUACUGGUGGUGUGUGUGUGUGUGCGCGAGACUGAGUGUAUGAAUUGAACCUGAGGAAAACCAAAGUGCAUGGAGGCGGUACAGAGUGUGUGAGCAGGGUGUGUAUUCAGGUGUGUGUUUUCAGCACUUUUCCAAGACAGGCUCAGAUGUCGCUAUCGUGUCCUGAAUAGUCACAGAGAGAAUCGCAGCAUUUAUUUAUUGGAAACUAUAGUUGAUGUAAAGGUACUUUCUCAUCGCCCUCUGUAAUGUUUGACUGAGAGUGUUGCAAGUGUAAAAAAAAAAUAAAAUUGUAUCUCACUUUGUACCUUAAUUGGCCUAGUUAGAGAUUACUAGACACUGGAAACAAUCAAUGUUUUUUCCUGAAUUGUGCACAUUAAGUCUUUGUGGAGAAAAUCCUGUAUUUUACACUAGUGUCAGUUUCUAGAUAUGCAAUCAAGCCCCCCCCCCUAUGGAAAGGUCUACACCGCCUGCUCUAAUUGUACUUUAGUGUAGAUUUUACCGUGGUUGUGAAAGAGGGGAAUCACUAUCUGCUGUGCAGGGAUUGCAUAAAAACACAGAUGACACUCUAAAACAUCAUUGUCCGCUCUCCGCUCCUCUCUUUAUAAUCACUGCUGGGCUUUUUUCUUUUGUUUUUUUUUUUUGUGCUGAAACUUCUGAUGAUUCUGUUUAAGAUUCAUUCGACUACUGUGGAUAAAUAGCUGACCAAAAACAAUGAAUGUAUCCGCCAUAUCUCUAAUCUGUUCCAGUGCGAACACAUCAAAUCUAAUUUCUCACCGUUAUCUGAACAGACGUACUCUGCUCUGUACUCAAGUGCUGAGAUAGAAAUCUGUACUGAAUCACUCCACAGUUUGAGAAAUUGAAUUUCAUAUCUCUUUUAUUACUUGAGCUCCUUUUUUUUUUCUUUUUUUUUUUCUAAAAAAAAUAAAAAAAAACAAGUGCAAAAUAAGUUUCUCUGUAUGAUGAUAUGACUGAUUUGCUGUAUUUAUUACUGUUAUUUUCUGGGGGUUUAUAUUGAUCAAUCUUCAAGCUUUAGCAUGAAAUAAAUCACUACAUUUCAAAUCA